AUGGCCAAGUACCUCUCCUUGGCCAUCUCAGCUGCGGCUCUAGCCCAGGCUGUCAGCCUGGAAGAUGUCUGUACUUCCGCCUACGCCAAGGCGGCGAUUCCCUCCACCGGUCUGGCCCAGGGGGUGGUCACCAACCCCUCCAGCGUCACCGCAGCCCCGGUCUACAAUGAAUCCACCGCUGGAUCCAACUACUAUCCUGCCGGCACCUACAACUACUGCAACAUCACCAUGACCUACUCCCACGCGGGUAAGGACGACGAGGUUCUGCUGCAGUUCUGGAUGCCCUCCCCCGAGGACUUCCAGAACCGCUGGCUCUCGACCGGUGGCUUCGGGUUCGCUAUCAACGUCGCCACCAACGUCCCCGCUGGUCUGCCCUACGGUGCCGUCGCUGGCCGCACCGAUGGAGGGUUUGGCAGCUUUGACAAUGAAUUUUCGUCUGUCUACCCUCUUGUGAACGGCACCGCCAACUACGAUGCCCUGUACAUGUUCGGCUACCAGGCCCACCACGAGAUGUCCUCCAUCGGCAAGUCGUUCACCAAGAACUUCUUCAACAUGACCGACAAGCUCUACUCCUACUACCAAGGUUGCUCUGAGGGUGGUCGCGAGGGUUGGAGCCAGCUUCAGCGCUUCCCUGAAGAAUGGAGCGGUGCUGUCAUUGGUGCCCCGGCCAUUCGCUACGGUCAACAACAGGUCAACCAUCUUGUGCCACAGGUCGUCCAGCAGACCCUGGGAUACUACCCCCCCAACUGCGAAAUGUCUGAGCUGGUGACGCAGAUUAUCGACGGGUGCGACGCUCUGGAUGGUCGCAAAGACGGAGUCAUCUCGCGCAGCGACCUCUGCAAGUUGAACUUCGACCUCAAGUCCACUAUAGGAAAGCCGUACUCGUGCGCAGCCAGCACCAGCAUGGGCGUCUCGACUCCUGCGCAGAACGGCACCAUCACCGCUGAGGGUGUCCGCGUCGCGCAGACCAUUCUUGACGGAUUGAAGGACUCUGAGGGUCGCCAGGCCUACUUCUGGUACCAGAUUGGAUCCGAGUUCACCGACGCGGAGACCAGCUACGACGCCACCACCAAGACAUACGGCCCCGAGAUUUCUGAACUGGGCGGUGAGUGGGUUACUCACGGUCUGCAGCUGCUGGACCUCGACAACCUGUCCAACCUCGACAACGUGACCUACGAUGUGCUCCGCGACUGGAUGCUGGAGGGCCUGCAGCGGUACGAGGACGUGCUGCAGACGACCUGGCCCGACCUGUCGCGCUUCCAGGCUGCUGGUGGAAAGGUUAUUCACUAUCACGGUGAAUCUGAUAACUCCAUUCCCGCGUCUUCGUCGGUCCGCUACUUCGAGUCCGUUCGCAACACCAUGUUCCCCAACUCGACUUACACCUACGAUGAGUCGAUCAAGGCGAUCAACGAGUUCUACCGCCUGUACCUUGUGCCCGGUGCCUCGCACUGCAACACCAACUCGCUGCAGCCCAAUGGCCCCUACCCUCAGGACUCGCUCGGUGACCUCAUGAGAUGGGUAGAGAAGGGGGUCGACCCAGUCACGCUGAACGGUACCGUGCUCACUGGCGACUACACCGGCGAGCACCAGAAAAUCUGCUCGUGGCCUCUUCGUCCCUUGUGGAAGAACAACGGCACCACUCUGGAGUGUGUCGAGGACAAGGCGUCGAUCCAGACCUUCCUUUACGAGCUAGAUGCUUACAACAUUACUAUCUACUAA